CAUGCCAUGACACUUAGAACUUAGAUGUCUCUCUAACAUGCCAAAUAGCUAUAUAUAAACAUGUAACAAAUAACUACGAACAAAUACUCUAAGUUCAAAUAUGACAAAUAACUACAAAUACUUAAGUCUCAAAGUUUCAAAAAGUCAUCACUCCGACACUAGCACUCCAAGUAUGAGUAAAAUUAUAAAAAUUAUUAUUAUAUGUAUGGAUUUUGGGUUGGGUUGGGUUGGAUGGAUUUGAACUGAAUCCGAAAUCCGAUCCGAACUUGGUUGGGUUGUAGUAAAAUCCAUCCGACUAACCUGAUUGUCCGAUCCAACCCGCAUUUUUUCUAUUUGAUCGGAUUGGGUUGGGCGGGUUCAUUGGAUUUACCCGGCUCAUGUUCACCCCUACAUGGAACCAUAUAAGACUUCAUUCAAAUUAAAACAGACCCUAAUUUGGCCGAAGUCAUUUUCAUGACUAAUAUUAAAAGGGCUUAAUACAUCAGAAGGCCCCUGAAAUUGUAAAGGGAAUCAGUUCCAGGGCCUGUAAAAUUUUCGCAUCAAAUUGGGUCCCUAAGAAUUUUUUUUUAAUUCAAUUAAGGACAAAGUGUGUCUGAUGCUGAAGUGGCUUCAAUUUUAGCCUACUCAGCUUUUCCACGUGGCAUUUGGAAUUAUUUUUUACCUGAAAAUUUCUAAAACUUUAUUUUUUAAUACCAACUCAUAUAUUGAAGCAUAAAUAAAAAAUAAAAAAUUAAUAAAAUCUAUAAUCUAAAUAGAAACCUAAUAUAAUAAUCACUAAUGCAAGAUCAAGCACCAUCCUCGCACACCAUGGUUCAGGUUCAAACGACCAUGGGGGGUUGAUUUGCUUUUGCUCUCCUGCAAACCUGUGCCUACUGAUAUGCUAAACUUGCUGCUUGUUAUGCUGCUGCGUGAACCUGCACAUCUUUUUAUUUUGAUUUGAAUUUUGUCUAUCUUUUCCCCUGUUUCAUUUUCCCCUGUCUUUGUUUUUUAUUUCUCUUGUAACUGGUACCUGUUUGAGCAGCACCUCUUGUGCUUUAUAUAUUAACUAUGGCUUAUCCAAAAAAAGGUUCAAACGACCCUAACAUGGAAGCAUUAGCCUCUGAAUGCUUGCCUUUAACCCCACCAACCCACUCCCUCUUCUCCCACACCGUCAACAACCGCACCUACACCUUCCUCAUCGACCCUCCCUUCAUCUACUUCGCCAUCUUCGACCACCGCCACACCAAAUCCCAAACCCUCACCUUCCUCAACCGCAUCAGAUCCUCCCUAAAGGAAACCCUCGAUUCCGUCAAUGAUUCCACCGCGCCGCCGCCGCUAUCGCUCCAGACGCCGUUCGAUUUGAUUCUCCAGGAGAUUCUUCAUCUCGAUGACGGGAACAGGUCGUCGCCGGCUGUUGUUGGGAUCUCGCACGACGAGGGGUUGAAGAAGAAGAUGGUUGUGGAUUCCGCCACCGUCAUUGCCAAUAGGACGAGCGCCAAGGGUCUUGCUGCCGCCGCGGCGAUGGUUGAUGUCAACGAUGACCUUGUUUCGAUGACGGCGGUGGCGUUCGUCAAAACGCUAACCCAGAAGCCAUUUUGAGGGUUUGAUUCGCUUAUGCAAGAAGCUGGAUAUACUCUCAUGUUGAUGGCAAAAGGGAAUCUUGGAGAUGAAGUGAAGCAUGCUAGUGAUCAUGUUGAUUUAGGGAAUCUUUGAGAUUGGUUGUUGUUCUUGGUGAUGGAGGAAGAAGGAGAGUUUGAUUUCUUGUCAGGGUUCAAUUUGGGGAUGGGGAAGAUAUAUUUGUAAUUGAGUUCAAUUUGGGGAUGAAAGGGUUUAAUUAGGGAUUGGUUAUAAUUAGAUUAUUAGGUUAGUUUAUUAU